UAUCCUAAAUUUGCAGGAAAAGCCGAAAAGCAGUCAUGGAACACUGUGCGUCAGUGGUUCUGUGAGCAUGGGACGCCGCCACAAUCCAUCCGCUGCCCCGGCCCACCGCCGCCGCCGCCGCCACCACCAGCAAACCGAUUCAACCCCUCCAGACCUCCAUCCAAUGGAGGAACGCAUCGCCGCACAGACCCACGAGAUCCAAGCCCUCAUCGCCGACAAUCAGCGCCUCGCCUCAAGUCACGUCGCGCUGAAGCAGGACGUGGCGGAUAUCCAGCAGGAAAUUCGACGUCUCUCCGCCACCGCUGCCUCCGUCAAGGCCGAGAAGGACGCUCAAGUGCGCGAGGUCUACGAGCGUUACCAGAAAUUGGAGGCGGAGUCAGUGCCGGUUGGGAGCCGCGCCGCGGAGCUCGAUCGAGUUAGGGCGGAGAUUAAGGAACGUGUGGCGGAGCGGAAGGAGCUCUAUGAGAAGAUCACUCAAAUUGAUGGAGAUAUUGCGAAAGCCAAGUCGGAGUUGCAGCAACUACCUCAACUCAAGGCCGUGAUUGAAGACGCCGCCAUGGAAAUUCAACGAGGAAGGUUUGCAAUUGAAUAUGAAAUAAAGUUGCACGCCCACCAUGCGAAAGUCGGUGAAGUGAUGGAGAAGCACCUGAAUUCCAUGACCCAGGAAGCAGAAAAAUUACGAUCUGAACUUGGAGAAGUAGAGAAAAGGGCAGCAGAGGCCACCUCAGGAGCAAUCUCAUCUGCCAACCAAGAUCUUGGAUAUGCUGCUCACCAGACAAAUCCCGAACCAUUAUAUGGCGGAGCUCCAUCGUCUGAUCCUCAUGCUGUUCAUCAGGGAAAUUUCGAUUCAGGUUCUAAUCAUGCUCCCGGAACAGCAGGGCCUCAGCUUCCUCCAGCUCCAUAUGAUAUUCAAGGACAACAUCAAAUACAGAGUUAACCUUCCGACAACUCCAAGAGAAUCAAACGGAUAAUUUAUCAGAAUCUGCUCCGCCGGCAAGGUUGGUAAAUUUGACAAAUUGCACUAAGGCUGCAUAUCUGUCUAAUUACAUUUAAGUUUUGACUAUUACCUGGUCGACAUCAAAGAAUCAUUUCAACAUAAGCAUGCUGGAAUCUGCGCAAAAGUUGCCGGAAGCUGCAUUGAAUUACUUCUCUAAGAUUUCCUUUCAGGCUUUCGGAACAUAUGUCAUCCCGGUGCGGAUUGCUUUUCGUUCUAAAUGUUCUUGCAAGAUUUUCCCGGGGAAACGUCGAUUAAUGUUGUCGAAACCGUUGAAGGCAGAUUGCAAUUUCAGGUUAUGGUGCAUGCAUUGUUUCUUGGUAUGUAUUUCUAGCAAAGGAUAAAUGUAAUUUUAGUGUUGAAUUUUGUUGUAGAUUUGAUUUUAUAUACUCCCUCCCCGUCUCGGAACUAAAUAUUCAUUUGCAUUUUGCAAGUAGUUUUAGAAAUAUUAGUAUUAUAUUAGGAUAUAGCAGUAAUAAAAUAGAAAUGACUAAAAUAACCUUAUUAGUAUAUGUGAUAUAAAGGUAAUGGCAUGUAAGAGUAUUUGUAAUGUUAGGUAGAUAAUGAAGU